AACUAAGCAAUGACUAGAUGUGCAUUUCAGUUUAAAUCAAAAUAAGAGUGUUAACCGCCUACCCAAGAUCAAACAUUUCUUCUCUGUUUAGGCUUUAUAUUUUUUCUUUGAAUCCUCCAAACAUGUCUUCAUUCAUGACUGAUUUCCUUCAUAAGUGUGGUGGCUUCGCCGUCGUUGAUGGCGGUUUCGCCACCGAGCUCGAACGUUAUGGCGCCAACCUCAAUGACCCUCUUUGGAGCGCCAAGUGCCUUGUCACUUCGCUUGACCUCGUUAGAAGGGUUCAUCUAGAUUACCUUGAUGCUGGUGCAAAUAUAAUCCUGACUGCUUCUUAUCAGGCCACCAUUCAAGGUUUUGAGGCCAAAGGCUUGUCUACAGAGGAAGCAGAAGGGUUGAUAAGGAAAAGUGUUGAAAUUGCUUGUGAGGCACGUCAAAGUUAUUAUGAUAGAUGUACUUCUAGGCGUCCAGUUUUGGUUGCUGCAUCAGUGGGAAGCUAUGGGGCUUAUUUGGCUGAUGGAUCUGAGUAUAGUGGAGACUAUGGUGAUGCGGUUACUGUGGAAACAUUGAAGGAUUUCCAUAGGAGAAGGCUACAGAUUUUAGCUCAAGCAGGUCCCGACCUAAUUGCUUUUGAAACAAUUCCAAAUAAAAUGGAAGCAAAGGCCUACGCUGAGCUUCUUGAAGAAGAAGUGAUAAAUAUUCCAGCAUGGUUUUCGUUCACUUGCAUGGAUGGUGUCAAUGUCGUUAGUGGUGAUUCUAUAAUGGAAUGUGCCUCCAUUGCUGAUUCCUGCAAGCAAGUAAUGGCUAUUGGCAUCAACUGUACUGCUCCAAGGUUUAUCCAUGGAUUGGUCGUCUCUAUUAGAAAGGUAACUAGUAAACCAGUAAUUGUAUAUCCAAACAGUGGAGAGACUUAUGAUGCUGUUCUCAAGCAGUGGGUGAUGCUUUAUGUUCCAGGAAUCAACAGGGACAAGAGAUGAGGACUUUGUGUCAUACAUAGGAAAGUGGCAGGAUGCGGGAGCUUCCCUUUUCGGUGGCUGCUGCAGGACUACUCCAAACACUAUCAAAGCCAUAUCUAGAGCUCUGUCCAACAAAAAUACCACCCUUGAAUUUUAAGACUUGGUUUUUCGCGAUAACAAGAAUCUGAGUAUGUUAAUCUGUAAAGUUACUUUUUCCAGGAAGAUGCUCAGGAUCUCCAUCUUCCCCUUUCACCAAUGUAAACGAGGCUUCCCUUUAAGGCUAUGUAAUGCAACGGCUCUCCAGGUUUUGCUAAAAUAAAUAAAAAACAUAUACAUGAACGA